AUGCUUUUUACCCACGGCCGGUCGGAAGAGGCCCGGCCUGGCCACCCCGGGUCAGCACAAAGGGGACAGUUCGCCGUAGUGUACCACUGUCGACACAGAAUCACCGGGGAAGAGUUUGCCGCGAAGUUUUCGUCCAGAUGGCGACUCGGAGCCGAUUGCACCGCAGAUAUUGUCCACGAAAUCGCCGUUUGUGCAAUGUUGAAACCCACCCAGCGGACCGUGCAGCUGCAAGACGUUUUCAGUACCGAGACUGAAUUUAUCCUCGUUAUGGAGUUUGGUGCCGGUGGCGAUUUGCAGACUCUGCUUGACGAGGACAUGGUACCUUAUGAACGUGACGUCAUCAGCUUCACCCGACAGCUCCUGGAGGGACUCGUCUUUAUCCACGACCAAAACAUCGUCCACCUCGAUAUCAAGCCGCAGAACUUGGUCCUGAUGGGAGAGUUCCCAGAAUGCGCCGUCAAGUUGUGCGACUUCGAGAUCUCGCGUGUGUUGACGCCCGGGCGGGAAGUGCGUGAAAUCCUUGGCACGCCAGACUAUGUUGCUCCCGAAAUUCUUCACUACGAACCAAUCACAAAGAAGACAGAUAUGUGGUCCCUGGGAGUGCUUACCUACGUUCUCCUGACGGGCUUCCUUCCCUUCGGAGGCGACAACGAUCAGGAGACCUUCUUACAGAUUUCGAAGGGCGAGCUCGACUUCCCCGCCGAGCUGUUUGAGGAUAUCUCCCCGGAGGCCAUUGACUUCAUGAAGCGUCUUCUGCUCAGACAGCCAGAGCGACGCAUGAGCGCACGAGAAUGUCUCAAUCACUCCUGGAUGAAGAAGGAAGUGAAUAGACCAACCCGACCAACCACACUCAACCUUUCCACCACACUCUCAUCUGCCCCUCCCCCCGUGCCAUCGGCUCCCGGCACUCCCAUCACACCAGCGCCUGUCACGCCCCUGACGCCCGCACCUAUGACACCCCUGUCGGCAGUGCCACCAGAGGUCACCACCCCCAGCAGGGACAUCGGGCUCCCCCCCUUCCACCCGAACUCCCCCCUCAAGCACUCGCCUUCAUUCACCGGCUCCAUCUCCACGCUCACCUCCCCCGUCUCCUCCAUGCCUCCCGUCCCUCCAGCAUCCCUACAGAGGCAGGAAUCCAGAGUCCUGGCCAAGCACAACCUUGAACGCCUAAGGAGCAUGUCCAAGUCACGAGAGGUCUUGUCCGAGAGAAUCCAGAUGUCCAACCUGAAGAAGACCAUCUCGAAAUCUCGGGAGAGACUCUUCGACGCCAAGCUCGGCAUCUCGAGAUCGCGCGAGAGGCUCAUGGGCCUGCGCUCCUUCUCGCAGUCAGUGGAGGCUCUGACCGCCCUCUCCCGACUCAACCAAGGAAACUCGAGAUACCAAAGUUGCAACAACAUUUUCCUCCCCAUGCUGGCUCCCAGUGAGAAGGAGGAUGAUGUGCCCUGCAGAAUGUACAAAAGCUUGGCCGCCAUCGACCAGAUUGACGGCAUCGAAUGCACUCACAAACUUGGUUAUUUUGAGUCUAGAUUUUGCAAGGAUGACGAGGACUACAACGACCAUUUGACGCGACGCAACACCACCAUGAACAGCGUUUUCAUGCCACAAGACUCUACUAAGUCUGCCAGCGACAUUGCUUCUGAAGCACGGCUUCGAGGUGGCGGACGAGGUGGUCGAGGCGCUGACGUGUGUGACAAACGGUGCACUCGACACAGCCACAGACAGCCAGAGGCGCAGCACACACAGAAAAUUCCCAAAGUAAACAGGGCAGAGCGCAUGAAGAGAGAGGCUCAGAGACGACGCAAGGAGAGGAAAGAAAGAGAGAAGGAAGAAAAAGAGAAGGAGAAGAACAAGCAUAUUGUAAGCGAUCCCGAAGUUGUAGUUCGUACAAGUAACAAAAUUUCACAUGAAAAAUUAUCUGAAGGGGCAUCUUCGCCUGUCGGGCGUCGAGGCUCAGUGUCACAUGUAGAACAGCGACUGGCAGAACGCCACGAAAGACAGCAGGAAAGACUGGAAAAACAAGAAAGAGAAGAAAGGCGAUGCAGCAUCAGUGGCAGAAGACGAGGGUCCGUCGACUGCGACAGAAGUACAGUCACCGAAAAAAUGAGAACCCACAAGACUAGCAGUGGUCUCGGCGUGUCCCACGAGCGGCCGCGC